UGCAGGUCGACGUCUCUGCGCUCCGUCCAGCUGUCGCCGCCUGCAUCAGUUCACCAGGCGGACGCACGUAGGCGCGUAUCCCCCCUGCACCUCCUCCUCCUCCUCCUCCUCCUCCACCGGCCAGACUGAAGAGCCGGCGAGCGGCGGGACAGCCAGGCAGAGAAGAGCCGAGCAGACCCGCUGCUGCAGCGGCUCCGACGGGACGGACCGGACCGAGAUGCAGUGAGAUAUUCUGGUGGGUUCAGAGCUCAUGUCGGUCCCGCGGUGUCUCGUCUGCAGGGAGGUGUGACACCGUGCUGAGUCCCCCUCACUGUGUGCAGCAGCACCAUGGCAGCUAUGGGACCUGAGGACAGAGCUGGAUCAGAGCCGGGCGGGACGGCUGUCUGCCUGUCGGGACCGCGGGCCUGCGUCUCUACGACGACGCACAACGGGCCAGACGGGCGGCAGCAGACUGUGGUGUAUGCAGGGAGCUGUGUCCGGGCUCACGCAGCAUUCAUGGAGAGCGGGCAUCACAAGAACAAGACGUCAGUUCACCUGCCGCAAGGGGUCCAAACUGUGGGACCCACAAUGCACCUCGGCAACGCAUCUGCUACCAGAGAGGCACCGUACAGCUUCCGCAGCCCAGAGUCGGUGGAGAUGGAUGAGAUCAUGGCAGCCAUGGUUCUGACCAGCCUGUCCUGCAGCCCCGUGGUCCAGAGUCCUCCACAAACUGAUCCUGGACCAGCCGGCUCGUCGUCACCGGCCGACAUGGAGUGUGGCGGCGGCGAGCUGUCCGACAGCGGCAGCAGCGGCUACUGGAGCUGGGACCACGGCAACGUGAGCCCCGCCCCCUCGCCGUCCGUCACUGAGCUGGACAGCAGUCCUGAUGAAGGCCUGCACAUGGAACUGGAGCAGGGAGACGAGCUUAAUGCCAAAAAGCCAAAGAGCUCGUUCAGAGGUGUGUACAGGUGUCUCUGGCCCAGCUGUGGCAAGGUGCUGACGUCCUCCGUUGGAAUGAAAAGACACAUCCGUGUGCUGCAUCUGGGCAGCGGGUCGGAUCAGUCCCAGAGAGAAGAGGACUUCUACUACACCAAGAUCUCCUGUGAGACGGUGGACUGCAGCUCCGCUCCAGCUCCCUCCCAGCAGGCUCUGGGCCAGGCCUCGUCCUCUCAUCUCAGCUGGGCCUCCUGCAGUUCUCCUCCGGCCUCGGAGCCCCAGAUCCCUCCGGCUCACAGGCCCAGGUCCAACUCCAGCUCCGGGCCCGUCCUGAGCAGGCCCAGUCCGCUCAGCCAGUCGGCACCCAGCAGCUUCUGGCAGAUCCAUACAGAGCACCUCUAUCAGGCCUGUAGCCCCGUCCAGGUAUCUGUGGCCUCCAGGAGCGCCGGCUGCCAGGCGGCUUGGACCCCCUCCACCUCCAUCUCUAACACUCCGAUGGUGAAACCUCGCUGCCGGUCCGUCAGUGUGGGUGAACAGUGGCUCCAACAGAACCGGCUACAGCCCAUGAGCGCGUCGCCCUCCCGCACUCACUGUUCCUUCAGGAAGGGUCGCGGCGAGGCCAAGAAGUGCCGCAAGGUUUACGGAGUGGAGCGCAAGGAUCAGUGGUGCACCGCCUGCCGCUGGAAAAAAGCCUGCCAACGCUUCCCCGACUAAAAACAAAACAAAACAGCUGCGCGAUGGAGAGAGUGUGAGACACAGAGAGGCGGAUGGAUGAAUGAGCGAUAAAAGAGACUUUUAUCAGGACGAGGAUAUAAAUCAGGGCCGAGCGCCGUCACGAGAAGCAACUCUUCUCUUACAUGUUUGUUUGUUUUGUUUUUUUUUACAUUCAACCUGUUUUUUUUGUUUCUUUCCUAAAGAAAUGCAAAUGAAGUUUUUUCUGUAUCUUUGUAACUUGAUCCUUACAAACUGAAGUCGGCCUGACGUCGACCAUGUGAUGUGCUAAGCCUCCAAUACUCUCCUACGUUAUCCAAAGCUCAUGUUACUGCCCCUGUAGCUCCAGCUGUGUUAGACGGCUGCUGGCUCUCUCCUCCAGUGGUUCCACCGUGGUUUAUGAUGUACAGGAUAUUGUGUGCUUUGAGUUACAUACGAGUAUUUUAUACCUUUUUUUUUCUUCUUUUUUUUUUAAAAAUCGUCUCGUUCAGCCCGCGUAUUUGGGCAGAUUUAAUGUUUUUUGGCACUUUGUUGGAAUAUAAACUCACAUGAAUAAGCUACAUUUGGUUCGACUCAACCAAGUUCCUGUUCUCCUUCCUGCCCACGUGUUGGCGUACGAACCAGUGUUAAUGGUUUUAUUAUCCGUGAAGCUGUGGAGUCGUGGCGGCGGGAUUAAAGCAUUAGGGGAAUGAGUUUGUAAUAGCAAUAAAAUAAACAAAAAAAAGAGGAAAUAUAUUGUCAAACACAAAUUAAAAAGCACUGAGAAUUUGAA